GAGCGGAGGAGAUGCACGGGAUUUGUACUCUGUUGAAAUAAUACGUCAUCUCAUAUUCUUUAGUGAUUUCAAUUAAUUGUUAAUAAUUUGGAUUACUAUACCGUUACAUAAUAAAACAAUAAAAUGCCGGCGGCGCGAGGCGUUAAACGGACAGCGUCAAAGUCUUCUGCUACUCCGGCACCAGCAGGACCGAAAAAUAAGAAAAAACGUGGAGCUAUCCAGUUGGAGAUACCAUCUGCGCCCAAAAAGAGAGGUUGUGUGUUAACCUGUGGUCAGGGUGAUGUCGGACAAUUGGGAUUGGGUGAAGAUGUCAUUGAGACAACUAAAUUUAAGCAAGUGUCGUCACUGGGUAACAAGAUUGUGGACGUGCACGCGGGGGGCAUGCACACAGUGGCGCUAGACAGCGACGGAAAGGUUUGGACGUUUGGCUGCAACGAUGAAGGGGCUUUGGGCAGACCAACAUCCAACGAGAAAGAUGAGGGCACACCUAAAUCAGUAGAUCUACCGUUACCUGCUGUAGUCAUUAGUGCGGGUGACUCUCAUUCAGCAGCCCUACUAGAUAAUGGAGAUGUUUACGCUUGGGGAGCUUUCAGGGAUUCCCAUGGGAGUAUGGGAUUAGUCGUCCGUGGAAGGGAAGGCAAAGCUUGCAAAGAACCAGUCAAAGUAGACAUUGGUGAGCAGGCGGUGGCAGUUGCAUCGGGAGGAGACCAUCUUGUUAUUUUAUCAACGUCAGGGUCAGUGUACACAAUGGGCUGUGGAGAGCAGGGACAGCUCGGCAGAUUGUCACAGAGAUCUGCAACCAGAGAUGCCAGGCAGGGAUUCAGCGCGCUGCUGAGCCCGGCGCGCGUGUCGCUGCGCGGGGGCGCCGCCGCCGUGUGGGCCGGCCACCACGCCAGCUUCGCGCUGCAGCCCGCCGGCCGCAUGCUGGCCUGGGGACUCAACAACUACGGACAGCUCGGCAUAACAGGCGAGAAGCGCAGGACGGCGCUUUUCUCCCCGAAGGAGUGCGACGCCUUCGACGAGCGAGUCUGGACCUGCGUCGCCAUCGGCCAGCACCACUCGCUGGCGCUGGACGAGGCGGGCGCCGCACACGCCGUGGGACGCUGCGACUACGGACGACUCGGGUUAGGCGACAGACCGGGCGACGCGGAAUCACUCGAGCCCAUACCCAAGUUGCAAAAUAAGAAGUGCGUCAGUAUCGCAGCCGGCACGUGCAGCUCGUUCGCGGUCACGGACACAGGCGAGGCGUACGCGUGGGGCAUGGGCAGCGAGGGGCAGCUGGGCACGGGCGCGCGCGCCGACUGCGCCGAGCCCGCGCGCGCGCUGCAGCCGCGGCCCGCGCUGCGCGUGGCGGCCGGCGGCCAGCACGCCGUGCUGCUCGUGGAGGACCCUACAGCCCAAAAGGAGGCGUCACCGGCCCCCGAGAUGGAAACGGAAGAGGAGACGGUCGAGCCCGUAGAAGAGGAGAAGAAGCGGCCGACGAAACGGCCGAAAAAACAAGAACAGGAUGAAGAGAUAUCCUCUACGUCGAGUGCACAGCCAGCUGACGUCGAUCGAGCUGAUGAUAAACCAGAAAAGGUGAACGGAAACGAGAAAAAAGAAACAGACACAGAAACCGAUACGGCAAUGGAAGUUGAUGACACUGACAAAGCACAGGAAAACGACAAAGAUGACAAACUGACGGACGAACAAAAAGACACUGAACACACGGAAUCCGAGAAAGACUCCAAAGCGGAUACCAUGGACACGUCCAGCCAGGACACGGAGAGCGACAAGGACGCCGACGUGAAAGUAGAGACGCCGGUGCAGCCCCCGGCCGCCGCACCGCAGCCCGCCGCGCAGCCCCAGGCCGCCAGCGAAGCGCCCGCCGCACUCAACGGAGCCGACGCGUGAUGCUAGCUUACACUUUUUGUUUAUUUUAAUUCAAUGCGGGACCGUGGUUGAACUUGGACGUUGCGAUCGUACGUUUGGAAUGGUUUCGUAUGUACAAGCGGUCGAUCGUUUUGCUGUUAUUUUGCAAAAUGAUCAUAAGUAAGACUUGAAUCAGUGGAAAUUGCACAAAAUUAACAGAAACUUAGCCUUAUUUCAACUGUAUAUCAUGUUACUUGUGCCUACAUACAACUGCUAAUGUAGU